GUUGUCUCUCUUUUUUUGUUUCUUCUCUUAAAAAAGAAAAAUGCUUUUGGCAAGUAGGCCUUGUAUUGACACAAUUAAUAUCUCCAAACCAAAACAAGUGCAGUCACCCUUUUGGUUUGGUGGUGCAGCUUCUUGUUUAGCUACGUUUGUUUCACACCCUUUUGAUCUCACCAAAGUACGACUUCAGACAUUACGAGUAGAGAAUAGCACAGCAUGGUCUGAAUUCAAAUUGCUGAGCCCUGCACGCAUGUUCAAAACCAUGUGGACUAUCAGCAGAACAGAAGGUAUCACUGCUCUUUAUAGUGGAUUAUCUGCCAGUCUACUAAGACAGGGCACUUAUUCUACCAUACGUUUUGGACUCUAUGAUCAAUUCAAGUGGUCGGUAGCAGGGGACCAAAAACCAACGGUACGUCAAUUGCUAUUAUGCUCAACGAUGGCAGGUGUUUUGGGUGGGGCAUUUGGUAACCCUAGUGAUGUGGUCAACGUACGUAUGCAGAACGAUGGUCAACUACCGCCCAAUCAACGUCGUAAUUACAAAAAUGUGCUUGAUGGUAUGGUUCGUAUCUGUCGAGAGGAAGGUCCUCAAGUGUUAUUACGAGGCAUUGGAUCCAGUACACAUCGAGCCGUCUUAAUUACUGUGUCGCAAAUGACGAGUUAUGAUCUUUUUAAGCAGGGUCUACUAGAUAAAUUUCAUUUUCAUGACGGAUUAAUGACUCAUUUCGCAGCUAGUCUACUAGCGGGUUUGGUGGCGACAACGGUGUGUUCACCGCUAGAUGUGGUCAAGACACGUAUUAUGAGUGCACACAUGCAUGAUGGUCGACAUCCAGUGAAAAUCAUGUUGCACAUGAUGCGGACGGAAGGAUUUGGGUCGCUUUUCCGUGGCUGGAUGCCUGCUUUUGUCCGAUUAGGGCCACACACAAUCGUCACCUUUAUUGUUCUAGAACAAUUAAAAGACUGGCACAAAACUUACAAAUUAACCCAUCAAUAGACUUGUUAUUAUACCAUUUAUUAAACUCUCCU